GCAGCCGAUCCGGCGUCUCCGUGACAGGCACCCUGCUCCACCGUCGCCGCCGCUGCCUUUCUUCCUCGUCCCGGGCUGUGCGCGCCGAGCUCGGGAUCGGGCUCCGGGUCUAGCCCCGCUCCGGGCCGUGCGCCCUUCGCUCGGCGUCGCGGUCUGGGGCUCCGUGCCACCCGCUCCCGCCUCCCGACCGCCUGGCCGCCUCCCGGUAGCCAGAGCUCAGCCACCAAGCAGCUCACACCAGCCGCAUCCGCGCCGCCCUUGCCGUUCGGCCCUCUGCUUCGCUCCGGGUUCCCCCCAGCCACCGCCUGGCACCCAGGCUACCCACUGCACGACCCGGGUCCUCUCUGCUACCUCGCCUGGCCCCACUGUUCCCUCUCCCGGGUCUCGCCAGCUCUUUCUUGCCGCCGUCGCCACCGCCACCGCCGCCCCUUGAGCAGCGGGUCCACCGCGGGUCACCAUGCCCAGCAAAACCAAGUACAACCUUGUGGACGACGGGCACGACCUGAGGAUCCCUCUGCACAACGAAGACGCCUUCCAGCACGGCAUCUCUUUUGAGGCCAAGUACGUGGGAAGCCUGGAUGUGCCGAGACCCAACAGCAGGGUGGAGAUCGUGGCUGCCAUGCGCAGAAUCCGGUAUGAGUUUAAAGCCAAGAACAUCAAGAAGAAGAAAGUGAGCAUCAUGGUCUCCGUGGAUGGUGUGAAAGUGAUUCUGAAGAAGAAGAAAAAGCUUCUUUUAUUGCAGAAAAAGGAGUGGACAUGGGAUGAGAGCAAGAUGCUGGUGAUGCAGGACCCUAUCUACAGGAUCUUCUACGUCUCCCAUGAUUCCCAAGACUUGAAAAUCUUCAGCUAUAUCGCACGGGAUGGGGCCAGCAAUAUCUUCAGGUGUAAUGUCUUUAAGUCCAAAAAGAAGAGUCAAGCUAUGAGAAUUGUGCGGACGGUGGGUCAGGCCUUUGAAGUCUGCCACAAGCUGAGCCUGCAGCACACCCAGCAGAAUGCAGAUGGCCAGGAAGAUGGGGAGAGUGAGAGGAACAGCGACGGCUCAGGAGACCCAGGCCGCCAGCUUCCUGGAGCCGAGAGGGCCUCCACGGCUACGGCUGAGGAAACUGACAUUGAUGCUGUGGAGGUUCCACUCCCUGGGAAUGACAUUCUCAAGUUCAGUCGUGGGGUGACGGACCUGGAUGCUGUAGGGAAGGAAGGAGACAGAGACUCUACGGUCUCACCCAGUCCUCAGGAGCCCAUGCUGACAGCCUCACCCCGCAUGCUGCUCCCUUCUGCUUCCUCGAAGCCACCAGGCUUGGGCGCAGGGACGCCCCUGUCCACUCACCACCAGAUGCAGCUCCUCCAACAGCUCCUCCAGCAGCAGCAGCAGCAGACGCAAGUGGCUGUGGCCCAGGUUCACUUGCUGAAGGAUCAGUUGGCGGCUGAGGCUGCGGCACGGCUGGAGGCCCAGGCGCGAGUGCACCAGCUCCUGCUGCAGAACAAAGACAUGCUCCAGCAUAUCUCUCUGCUGGUCAAGCAAGUGCAGGAGCUGGAGCUGAAGCUGUCAGGACAGAAUGCCAUGGGCUCCCAGGACAGCUUGCUGGAGAUCACCUUCCGCUCAGGUGCACUGCCUGUGCUCUGUGAACCCACCACCCCUAAACCAGAAGACCUACACUCGCCUCUGCUCGGCGCCGGCUUGGCUGACUUUGCCCACCCAGCGGGCAGUCCCUUAGUUGACCACAGCAUGUUUGAGAAUCUGAACACAGCCCUCACUCCAAAGCUCCAGUCCAGCCGUUCCUUCCCACACCUGUCCAGAUCUGUGGCCCCAAACUCCACCACCCCUGUCUCUGUAGAACCAGGAGGACCAGGACUGAGGGUGGGCAGCAGUCAGCACCUUAAGAACCUGGGCAAAGCCAUGGGGGCCAAGGUCAAUGACCUCCUGCGAAGAAAGGAGCCCUCAAGCCUGGGCAGUGUGGGUGUGACGGAGAUUAACAAGACCGCUGGGGCCCAGCUGGCUGGUGGGGAAGAUGCGGCCUGUGGAGCCUGGUUAGAGGAUGAAAGGUCUGUCCAAGAAGCCUUCCCUCUGCUGGAUCCUCCACCUCCCAUAACCCGGAAGCGAACCCCUCGGGCCCUGAAGACCACCCAGGACAUGCUGAUCUCAUCACAGCCUGUCCUAAGCAGUCUCGAAUACGGGACGGAAUUGUCACCUGAGCAGGCCCAGGACUCUCCCCCCACUGCCCGGCCUGUCUCUGCAGAUACCUCUCGGCCAGAGUCUGUCAGUGAAGUGGGAGACAGGGAAGAGGCUCUGCCCAACGGGGAGGUGUCCCUGUUGGUACCUGACCUAAUACACAAGAGCAACCAGGAGGAACCCAAGCUGAAAGCAAACGAGUGCAGAAAAACCUCCUCCCCGGCUCCCAUUGAGAGGAACGGCCUCAAACUCAGCUUGAGCCCCAUCAGCCUGGCUGAGUCCUUGGAGAACAACAGCCCACCUCCACAGGCACGGACCUGCAGCCUUGACAAGGAGGGGCUUCACCCGGACCUGCUGUCCUUCGAGUAGUGCGCCUUGUCUUCCCUGCUGAGCACGUUCUUCACUGUGUCCUCCACUGCACACAGGUCCUUUGUCCAGCUCUGCCACGCCCUCAUCUUCCUUUUGGGAGGCAGAGCAGAGCUCCCCUUUCUACCUGAGGGGUUGCGGGACCAGAUGGCCACAAGUAGUCCCAGUCAAGGGGGUCUGCAGAAUGGCAAAGGAUCCUACUUCUCUGUAAGAUCUUCUGGCUGCUGCUGGGACUCAUCAUCCACUCUCAGGCUUGUCCCAGCUUCCUACGGAAUUACGGGGCCACCAGCCUAAGAGGAUGGGCCUGGCAGGAAUUCUCUUUGCUGUCUGAUUAGAUGCAUAUGCUCUCUGUUCUUUCAUCCCCACCCCAAUCCCCGAUUCUGCCCCUUUGCUCCAUAAUGGUGGCAGGCCUCCCUGCCUUGAUGGCAGUACUGCUAGGGAAGAUCGGUAGAUUUGGCUUGAUGAUGGGAAAGGCCUGACUACAACCUGAUCAUAGUUCCUUCAGUCUCUAGGCCGCGUGGAGCCCUAGCCACCAUCGUUCCUCUGUUUCUGGGUUAGGGCUAGAGGAUGUUCUUCCCAGGCUUGGGACCUUGAGGACUACCUCAAAGGUUGAACCUUGUCACCCGAGUCCCCAGGGUUUUCCCAUCCAGUUAGAUGUAGCCCUACCUCUCUGGAUAGACACUUAGGAAAAUGGUAUGGGCAGUUGUGCCGGGGUUCCUUGCUGUGUGUGUGUGAAGACGGGGGUAGGCAGGCCCCUGCAGAAGCAGCAGAGAAUGUUCUGAUGUUCAAAAGGAGAGCUUGGGAACAUGGACUCGGCCUACAAGAGCCAAGAGCAGAGAUCACAGAGAAGAGUGAAGUGAGGACUGAGAAGGGGAUCACUGAGGUCAGGGCAGCUUCUCAGGCCACUCCACACCCAGGAGGCAGUGCUGGGGCCUGGGAAGAGUGUGUGCGGGAGCCAGGGUGGAGCAUGUGAGAGACUGGAAUGUGCUGAGGGCUGUGGAGACAGAGCAGAUGCUGGCGAGUGUGUGUGUGUGUGCUGCUUUAUGCUUGUGCUGAGGUUGCCUGAAUUCCCUGCAGCCCCGGGCCUGCCCAGAGAUACCCAAGCUGCUGUCCUUCAUCCAGGUAAGGGCGAUCUUCCUCUGCUUCUGCCCACAGGAUCUGUGUAAGGAACCAACAAGGCUUAUCGACCCUUGACCAGCCCCUGCCUUCCAGGUUAACUUGCUUUGUAUUCCUUUCUCCCUCCAGGGGCCCUAUCAUGCUGUCUUCCUGUGGCCUGGAGGCUCUGUAGUGACCCCAGCCACAAGGGUCUUUGUAGCCAGAAGAGGACAUCCCUAUUCUUGAACAAAGAGGUCAGAGCCCCACAAGAAGGCUGGAGAUGGUGCAUCCAGCCAGGGCAGGCCAUGUAGCAGUUUUCUCUGCUCUCUGUGGUCCUCCCCUUUCUGCUUGGUUGGCUUCCCAUCUGUGAGAUUGGGCACACGGGUCUCACUUCCCAGUUCAACAUCACCAAUGGGCUGCCCUCCUCCUAACCAGCAGACAUCUGAGCUAACUCCCGCAGAACCAGAAGAGGAGGCCUCAGCAGGAUCCCUGGGAUGAGGUUUCUUUUUCUCAUUGACUUGCUUAAGCAGCUGUAUGGCUUCAGCCAUCUCUGCCCUCUGACCCAUCCCAGCUCCCUACAAAGUCCUAUCUCUCCCUCUCAGAUGAGAACCCGUGUAGCCAGGCAUCUGAAGGCCCUGGUGGAGUAUACAGGAGUAUAUGCAUCACAUGUGCCUUGCUCCAAGAGCAUCCCAAAGAUGUGACAUCUGACCCUGAAGUCGGAGAAGUCCUUAGAACUAGCCUUUGAGGACCUAUGAAUUUUCCCAGAAUGAUUUGUGAUUGCCCAAAACAGAGAGAGUUCAGGCUGUGGGGUGGGAAGUCUAAGCAUGCACCAGAGAACAAGUCCAGUAUAAUCUGAGCUCUCCAUACCAGAAUCUUGGUUUGCUCCUCUAAUGGGAAGCUCUGCCAGUAGCUGCCCAAUGGGGCUGUUUCUCCCCAAAGAUGAAGUGAUAAGGUUGCCCAAGACCGACAACGUGAGGCUUGGCUUACCUAAGCAAUCAGGCCGCUGCUGGAGUCCUGGCCCUUGGGCCCAGGAUUUGCCAAGAGAUCCCACCAUAUUGUCCCAAGACCCCUGUAAAGGAAACUUCCGAGUACUUUAGAUGGCGUUUGAUGUUGAAUUAGGUGCCAUGGAUGUCGUCUUGGCCAUCUCCCUGCUACAGAAGUGAUGCUGCUACCUCAGGAGGUCCUUUGAGACUGAGCCUUGUCUUAGAUGCUGCAGAUAUGGCCUGGUGCUAGGGGCUAAGUGCUUCCCAGGGACCAGCAGGAACAAAUCCUCUUGAGGGCUUUGACUCACACCAGCUCUUCCAUCUCGGGCCGCGACAGGCUCGCUGACCAUCUCAGCAGUGUGGACUGCAGCACAGCAGCCUUCACAGUGAAUCGAGAUCCCCUGGGAGGCUUAGUUUUCGCGUAGCUUGAUCUGCAUGGGGGUGAGGGUAGGCUAAUGGAGAGGAAUGAAGGAUAUGAAUUCUAUGUUUAAAGAAGCUGGGGCCUUGGAGCCUUUUCUUCCACUUCUUUCCAACCCUGUCAUUUACUCCUGUUCAGUCCAUAGCUUUACCGUGAUAGAGCGAUCACAAAGUAAGCUUCCAGAAGCCUGGAGAGAAGAUAUCCCCUCCCCUGUCCCAGCCCACUCUUCUCUCUAGAAAUGUAUCUGUGAAUGUUCUGUAUCUGGGAGAUAUGAAGACAUGUGUUUCGAAUCCAUCAUCUUUUACAGAGCAGGGUUGGUCCCUGUUUGGAAGAACAAGAUUAUAGUUCUAUUCUGGGUAUUUUUUAGAGAGUUCAUAUUUAUAUUUUUAGAGAUUUUUUUUCUUGUAGAAGGAAAUUACAUAAUAAAAUGGUAAUGUGUUUU